AACUCGAGAAAGGAAUAGUCCGAUCUGUGCCGUCUUUCAUUUUAUUACAUUUUCUGUAACAAACAUGUAUUCCAAAUAACAGAGAAACAUGUUAUUUACAAGUGAUUGAAGAAUUUUGAACACGGACCGCGACGAUCCAUUUUGGUAAAAUAAAACAUACGUUUGAAAGCAGCAAGCAUCCUCUAACAUGCGAAAUGAAAAUAAAUAUAACCCGUUCAAGCAGUUUUAAUCGUCAGUGAAAGCUUCUGCUUUUAUACUUGUAAGAGAACGAAAGAGGAAAGGAACGAAACAAAAGAAUCAAUAUUACUGUAUGCGUAGAGAAUAUUUCGUUUCCCAUCACCCCGAUACACUGAAAUAAUUCCACCGGAAAUGACUGUAGUGGAAGUGAGAGUUGUAUGAAUAAAAUUCAAUCACAUGUAUUAGCUUCGAAAAUAACUAGCCCUGCAUGGGAUAACUGACAACGUCUCCGAUUAGUUUAUCUCAUUCGAAAUUAUUCUGUUCCGGCAUCGCGGGACGUGGUACUUCAACAUUUCGCUGAAGUAAACAAAACCUGUUCAGUAUGAAAUCGAUAAAAAACCACAUAAAAACUUACUUGCACUGGAAAAGCGGAUUUUUGGAACUUUUAAAAUCGAGAAAUAUUGAAAAAACUUCAGUACUUCGAACUAAUUGAGGAUUUGUUAUUACUAACUUCGUUGUGUGUGUAACACAUGCUUCUUCUUCUUCUUCAAUGGCACUAACGUUCCUAGAGGAACUUCACCGUCUCAACGUAGUAUUACUUGCGUCAUUUUUAUUAGUACUUAGUUGAAAUUUUUAUGCCAAAUAACACACCUUGAAUGCAUUCUGAGUGGCAAGCUCUAGAAUACGCGUGAUCACAGUGCAAGUCGGAGGAAAUUUCUCCCCCGACCAGAACGGGAAUCGAACCCGAACACCCGGCAUGUUAGUUAUGACGCUAACCACUCGGCCACGGGAGCACAAUGCGCAUGCGCUCUCCGUGUGUAUACACAGGAGAUAUCCCUUACCUUCUAUUCUAUGUACUUUGAUCAUAAUUAAAAAUUUCUCGUUCAUCUGCGGGUGAAUGAAAUUUCAUUGUUUACAUUUCUGUUUAUCAUAACAUAUUCGGCGGAAUAUUCGAAAUCUCUUGGUAAUCUCAACGAAUGGCCAGCAUGGAUGCCUACUGCCGAGUUUGUAUGACCAAGGAUUCUGUGGAAUUAGUAUCGCUGUUUCAAAUUCAUAACGGCGAGGAAGAAGUUAUUGCUAACAUGAUUAUAGACUGUACUGAAGUAAUGAUAUCUGACGACGAUAAACUACCACAAAAUAUUUGCACAGAAUGCUUGAUUCGCCUAGAUAAUGCGUUCGAACUGCGGAAGCAGUGCCAACGCUCGGAUGUGGCUUUCCGUAAUAUGCUAACCCAGACCAAACAUGUUAAGGAAGAAGGUGGAAUGAAAAUAACAAUAGACAUGAAGUUGACUGACCUUACAGAAAACCUAUAUAGAUUUGUUGAAACUGGUAAGUACCACGAUGUGGUACAAAUAACAGGUAUUCGUUGUUGCGGUUGCAAUGCAGUUUUCAAUACGGAGUCAGAACUAGAAAUACAUUCGUUGAACGCCCACAAGAAACAGGAAAAAAACCCCGCUCCACAUCUGUGUCCCAUUUGCGGGCAAAUUUACCCUAAUCGUAAUGAUCUGAUGGAUCAUGGAAAAGAUGUACCAUACAGUUAUAAUGUAUGUCGCUUGUGUGGACUAAUGUUAGGAUCGAAGAUCGAUAUUUUCGGGCAUUUAGAAACCAGUCAUAACAUCAUUGAAAUGCGUGCGGAAUCAAACCAUAAAGUUAUUUCAUUCGAUGCUGCAGAUAUAGUUUGCCCACAAACCGAUGAAGAGCAUGAGAUAGAAUAUCUUGAUGAAGCAGAAGAUUUAGAGUUUGUCGACAAAGUAAAUGAAGAACGAACCGAUGAACAACAAACAGCAGAUGAUGGGGAGGACGCUCUCACGGACAGAGCAGAUUCAGAACACGAAUCAAAAAUGCCCAACAACGUGUUCAUAGAUUCCAUUGAUGACUUACCAUGCCACAAAGUUUACCAUUUACGUGGCGAACGAUGCUGUGGUUGUUACGAAAUGUUUGAUGACAUCGAAAAGCUCAAAAACCAUUGCGAACUUGAGCACUCCAUUUCGUAUUCGAAUAAACAAAAGCAUCAAUGUAAAGCAUGUAACCGGUGUUUCAAAAACAAUGCGCAAUUAGAAAAACAUAUCCAAUCAGCUAAUCAAAAAACAAUUUACUAUUGCAAACUUUGUGAUUUGAUACUGACAGAUGAUAGUAAAUUUACAAGUCAUAUAGUGCUUACCAAUGAUCAUGAUGAGGCGAUUAGCAGUAGUAAAAUCGGUGAUAAAUUCGAAGAGAUUUCAGCUGGAAGUACUGGAUGCUGCGGUUGUGAUGUGGUAUGCGACAGCGAAGUUGAAUUGCGUAGACAUAUCGAAGAGGAACAUAGUCAGAAAUUGUCUUCUAUUGAUAAUGAAGAUCAGUUUGAAUGCAACCGCUGUUUCGAUUGUUUUCCUACGUCCCACCAACUUACACUGCACAAGGCACAAGCCCAGAAUAGGUUGUACUACCAAUGUCGCACUGAGGAUUGUGGGUAUAGAACACCAGAUAAGAAACAAAUAGUUAAACACGUCACCACGACUAAUGCCCAUAGAGACCUCUCGCAUAAGCAACCAACGAAACGGAAGAAAAAACAGCCGAAGGACGACAAUAUGACUUGUUGUGUUGCACGUUGCUAUGAAACUUUCAACUCCUAUGAAGAACUUCAAAUCCAUGCAGAGACUGCUCAUGAACUUCUGCGUAUUCAGCACACACAGAGCCGAAAAUCGGAAAACACGGCAUGUGAUAUUUGUUUCAAAGGUUUCGAAAAUGUACAGGCUUACACGCGACACCGAAUGGUCGACAGAACUCGUAAACAUGUUUGCCUAACUUGUGGUGCGCAAUAUGUUUCUAAAUCGAACCUUAUUCAGCACGAGAGAAGUAAUUGCGGAAAGAUAGCCACAUUCCAAUGUACGCAGUGUGAUAAAGCCUUCGUUACAGUUGGUGGUCUCAAAAAUCACCAAGAGGUACACGGUAACAAGAGAUCGUUUGUUUGUGACAUAUGUGGGCGUGCGUUUCUUCGCAAAAGCGUUUUGAAUGAUCAUAUGAACACGGUUCAUUCUACGUUGCGCCUUUUCAAGUGUUCGCUUUGCCCGAAAUCAUUCGCGAGCCGGAAUAUCUUCCAGUCACAUCAGCUAACUCACACAAAGGAGAGACCUUAUCAAUGUAGAUAUUGUGAUAAGCGUUACUUCAAAACCAGCGACAGAACAUUACACGAGAAUCAAGUGCAUCUCGGAAUAAGGCCCUUCCAGUGCAGUUUCUGCUCUUCUUCUUUUAUUCGAGAUCGCGAGAGGAGGCUUCACGAACGUAUACACACAAAAUCAAAACUGUACACAUGUGACAUAUGUUCUGGAGGAUAUAAUAAGUUUUCAGAAUUCAAGCAACAUCGGCUGGAUGAACAUGGUAUUGAAACUCUGCGUGACCUAGGGCCCACUGUGAUGGCCGCAUUGAAUGGGGAUUCCGUGGGUGAAAUCGAUAAUGAUUCGUGUAUCGAAGAUGUUGAGCAAAGCGGGUUCAAAAUGGAGAUCGAUAUUCACGAGUCCGUUUACAAAGAUGAACCAAUAAAUCUGAUGGACCACAAUCACCCGCCAAUGCCAUGUCGCGUUUGCAAGGGCCCGUCGGAAGUUUCAUUAUUCAACGACGAUGAUGGUUCAAAUAUGGCCAGAUUAAUGUCUGAGUUUGCAGACAUUCCGAUUGUCGAGAACGAUGGCAAACCAUCGCGAAUCUGCAACGAUUGCGCAGAGAAACUCAGAUCCGCCGUCGCAUUUCGCAAACGAAUCCAAGAGUCGGAGAGGCUACUGGAAAUCUUAUGUGGAAAUAAUUCUAGUCGGGAUAUAUCCAACGUGAAAACUGAGACGACAUGCAAUGAAGAAAUAGAAUACGAAUACGAGUUUUUGGAUGAAUGCUCAAACGACUAUGAUAAGGAUAGCGAGGAUAGCAAAGGUUUCCUUCAUGAUGUGCUGGAUGAUUUUGAGCUGAACGAAGAUCAGACACCUUCUGAACUAGCACUGCAAACUAGAGACGAAGUGCAAGAAGAAAAUAAGGACAUGAUAAAAUUCCCAUUUGACAUGCCUCCCGAAAAGCUUAUUGCUCGAAGAAUCAAUUUUGACCAUUUUGAGUAUUUAGAACUCAACGGAGACCGAUGCUGUGGAUGCAGCUUCAUCGCCGCUGACCGUGACGAGUUGGUUCAACACUCGAAAGCGAAACAUUCUCACAAUUACUAUCCCGACAGCAGUUAUACUUGUCCUACUUGCUAUCAAAAGUUUAAAACACAACUUGAACUCACUGAGCAUAUAGAGUAUUACUCGUACAGCGAUAUAUUUCUUUGCACAAUGUGCAACGAGUCAUUCAUUGAAAAAAGUCACUUGUUGACGCAUCAGAAGAAUAUCUUGGCUCAUCGGUCGCUUUCGUACGUAAAUGUAGAUGGUAAGAAAACAAACAACGUGGUCAAUCGAAAACCAUAUUCAGCGAGAACCGGUCAUAUAAUAAAUAGAAAAUCAUUGCGGAACGAUCAGACAGAUUCGAGCUCUACCCAUUAUUGCUGCUUCGUACGUUGUUGGGAAGGUUUUGACAGUCGAGAUAAACUAAUGUCCCAUGUACAGGAAGCUCAUGAGGGGAAACGGCGAGAGAACGAACUUGCUCGGUUGCAGCAAGAUCCACAAACAUUGGAACAUACUUGUCCCGUCUGUCAACGUGUGUUCGAGAACGAUUCCAAACUUAUCCUGCACCAAUCCUAUAAGCAAAACCGCGAUACACACAUUUGCCAGGAAUGUGGCCGUUGUUUCUACAAGGCCCACAUCCUACGCGAUCACGAGCAAAAGGAACAUAGCCAACAAGAGCCGGAACAUAAAUGUGAAGUAUGUGGAAAAAUGUUCUGGAAGUUAUCUGGUCUCAAACAUCAUCGUAAGAUACAUGUAGCUUUUGAAAGCGUGCCUUGCACGGAGGCCGGUUGUAAACUUGUCUUCCGGGAUGAAAUGUUGAUGAAGCGACACUGCAGAAAUGUGCAUGGUGCGUUCUUUCCGUGGGAAUGUCGCUUCUGUCCGAAAAAGCUACGAACGAAGGAAGCAAUGGAUAUACAUGUUCGGGUACAUACCGGCGAGAAACCGUUCGCCUGUCGGCAAGGUUGUGAUCGACGUUUCGCGCACGCAACUGACAGAGCAAGACACGAGCGGUCGAUACAUACUGGUGAGAAGCCCCACAAGUGUAACCAGUGCCCAGCAGCUUACGUGCGUAAGCGGGAACUCAUUUUACACCUUCAGAAGCAGCACAGGAGUGACGAGCACUGAGAGAACAAUAAAGGCAAAACAUCAA